CAAAAUCACAAAGUAUACAAAUUAAACAUUAUUUAAACGUGUUAAAAGUGUAUAUUUUAAGAAAUUUAAAAGUUAAAAUGACAAAUACAAGUGUAAAUAGUGCAGCUAAUCAGCAUCGUAAUAUAGAAAAUGCAGCAAGAGCAAAAAAUCCGUUCGAAUCCAUAACAGAUGUUUUAAGUUACAAAUCCAGUACUGCGGAAUUCUCACUUUAUGGUCGGACUAAAAAUGAUAUGGAUGGAAAAACUUUAAAAUGGGCAUUUAAAUUAGCGGAACGUAAUGUUUCACCCUUUUAUAAAGAGUUAAGCAUGGGUUGGCAGCCAAAAGUUAAGCAAAGUGAUUUAAACAAAGCCUGGGCAAGAUAUUUGGUAGCAGUGGAUGCAAAUAAAACACCUGUGGCAUAUUCAAUGUUUCGAUUUGAUUUGGACUACGGUCACAGCGUGUUAUACUGUUACGAGAUGCAAAUUGAGCCCACUGCCCAAAGACAGGGUUUGGGUAAACACAUGAUGCUGGCCCUAGAGCGUUGUGCAAAGCACUGGAAAAUGGAGAAAAUAGUAUUGACCGUACUCAAAAACAAUGAAAAUGCACAAGCCUUUUUCAAAGCAAUUGGCUACUCAUUCGACGAUUCCACGCCAGAUAUAUUAGAAAAAGCCGACUAUGAAAUCCUUAGCAAAUCCAUUAACCUAACCUAAUAUAAGCAAUGAUAAAACUAAGUUUAACUAACAACACAUCUUUAUUUUUAACAAAAGCUAAAUUACAACUAUUUCAACUAAAACUUAAAGAAA